AUGUUCCGCACGGCCAGGAUCGCAGCGGCCCGUCUGCCGCUCAGCAGAGCAUAUUCCAGCUCUGCGCAACCUCGUCACUUGAUGUCCAUCAAUGAUUUGACUCCAGUCGAGUUCGCCCAGCUCAUUCGCAGCGCAAAAGAUAGCAAGACAGAAGUCGCAAAGACCGACAAGCUCAAUGUGCUCGGUAGUGCUCUAACGGGCAAGACAGUUGCUAUGAUGUUCAGCAAGAGGAGCACCCGAACUCGUGUCUCAACUGAAGGUGCAAUCGCUUUAAUGGGUGGCCAUCCCAUGUUUCUGGGGAAGGAUGAUAUCCAGCUUGGUGUCAAUGAGUCACUCUAUGAUACCUCCGUGGUGAUCUCCUCUAUGGUCCAAGCCAUGGUUGCUCGUGUCGGGCCACAUUCAGACAUCACCGGCCUGGCCAAGGACUCAAGUGUCCCUGUCAUCAAUGCGUUGUCCGAUGACUUCCACCCGCUUCAAACCAUCGCUGACUUCCUCACCAUCCAUGAGGCAUUCCCGUCCUCCUCAACGAGCCCAGCAAGCCUAGGUCUUGAGGGUCUGAAGGUCGCCUGGAUCGGUGACUCAAACAACGUCCUGUUCGAUCUUGCGUCCGGCUGUAUCAAGCUGGGCGUCGACAUUUCCGUAGCCUCGCCCGCUGGUUACGGCAUCCCUGAGCCCAUGAAGAAGCACAUUCUCUCUGCUGCCAAUGGUGUCUCUAGCCCGGGAAAACUGUCGGAGACUACGGUUCCUGAGGAAGCGGCCAAGAAUGCGGACAUCUUGGUCACCGACACCUGGGUUUCCAUGGGACAGGAACAGGAGGCGCAGAAGCGGCUGAAGGCUUUCGCUGGAUACCAGAUCACCAAUGACCUGGCCAAGAGGGGAGGUGCGAAGGAGAGCUGGAAGUUCAUGCAUUGUCUGCCGCGACACCCUGAGGAGGUUCACGACGAGGUGUUCUACAGUGACCGAUCGUUGGUAUUCCCUGAGGCUCAAAAUCGACUGUGGGCCGCUGUUUCUGCACUCGAGGCAUUCGUGGUCAACAAGGGCCGCAUUUUGUGA